CCUUCCUUCCUUCCUUCCUUCCUUUGAAAAGAGCUUUUAAUUUGCCUGUGAGCAUUCACUGCGAGAUGAGGGUAUCUUAAGAAAAGCUAUUUCCCAGUUAUGUCGCAAGUCUUAUUACCAUCAAGGAAAAGUAAGAUUACUCACUUCUUUUCACGGCACCUCCCACCCAAGUUACCCCAAGCCUAUGAAUGAAUAACCACAAGGCUCAAAGACGCGGGAUUCUUGGAAAGAGAUGAGGUAGCUUUGUUAGUACUGAGAAUUGAAAUUAAGUGGGCCAUAAAUGGGGUGUCUUUUUGAAAUUUUAGGGUUAAAACUAACUUUCGAGACGUGAGGAAAAAAAUUAAUUUUGGAAGAAAAUUGGACAUCGGAUUUCAAUUUUACAGGAGAGGUGUUUGUUUUCAAAAAGAGCACAGGUCCUGCCUUGCCUUUCUGGAAAGACUUAACAUUGUUUCUCAAAGGCAUCUGAAAACUAGUGUUGGUUUAUGUUAUGUGAACAGGCAUCUUAAGUCAUUUUUAUGUUGGAUUUUGUGGUGUUCUGUCGUUGUUCUGUGUGUCCGUGCAGGUGCAUGCCUUCUUAGGCUAGCCAUGCCGCAUUGUUCUUGGGGAGUGUGGAUUGUUUGGCACCUUUCCUUUGGGGUGCCCUCUGUGAACCGGGAGAAACAAAGUGACUGAAGUAGAUACAGUACUUGCCCCUGUGGGCAAGUUUCUACUGUAAUUAUCUACUUUAUUCUCCUUUAAAUUAAUCAUGAGCUGGGUGCUAUGGAAACGUGGAGCGGGAGAAAUUGGGGAGGAGGUCAGGAAAAAUAUCUUACAAGGCACAAAUGUUUGAAUCCCCCCCCCCACCCCACCCCCCCCCCGCCGGCCCCCAUGAGCUAGCUGCAUGUAGCUAGACAAGGGGUCGGCUGUAGGAGUGGGGAGGAGAUUUGAGAGAACAUUCCAGAUACACAGUUCCUUAGGCAGGACUCGGCCUGGUGUGUUCCAGGAGCUGAGAAAAGACAGGGACAGCCGAGGUAGAGGAAACAAAGUGUGGAAUGGUGGAGUCCGGUCGGAGAGGAGAGCAGGCCCUGAAGGCCAUGGUCAAAUAUGACCCAGUGCUGGUUUCCAUAAAAAACGUUUUAUUGGAACACAUUUGUUGCUGUGUGGUCUAUGGCUGCUCUUGUCCUAUGACCACAGUCCAGUAGCUGCUUUAGAGGCCAUUUGGCCCACAGCUGCCUAGAUAUUUACUGCCUGGACUUUUUAAGAAAACGUUUGCCAGCCCCUAGUACAUAAAGUACUUAGUAUGCAUCAAGUGCUGUGGUGGUGGCAGGAGUUGGAGUCCCGAAAAAAAGUGGACCCAGGUUCGUACUUUGGGAAUGUAUGUGGUAGCUGGAGAGGAAGAGGCAGAAUCACCUAAACAAGUAAAUUAAAAAUCACAACUUGAUCACAGCCGUGGAAGAAAAGUAGAGUCUGUUGGAGGUAUUUUGAGGGAAUGUAACGAGAGGAGAAACAAUCCUUUUUUAAAAAAUGUUUACUUAUUUAUCUUGAGAGAGACAGAGAAUGAGCACAAGCAGGGGAGGAGCAGAGAGAGAGAGAGAGAGGGAGAGAAUCCCAAGCAGGCUCCACACUGUCAGUGAAGAGCGCUGGACGUGGGGCUCGAUCUCGCCCUGAGAUCAUGACCUGAGCCGAAGUCAAGGGUUGGAUGUUUAACCGACUGAGCCACCGAGGUGCCCCUAAUCCUUUUAUUAAUUUUUUUUUAAUGUUUAUUCAUUUUUGAAAGAGAGAGACAGAGCACAAGCAGGGGUGGGGUGGAGAGAGAGGGGGAGACAGAAUCCGAAGCAGGCUCCAGGCUCAGAGCUGUCAACACAGAGCCCGAUGCAGGGCUCAAACUCACGAACUGCGAGAUCACAACCCGAGCCGAAGUCGGACGCUCAACCGACUGAGCCACCCAGGCGCCCCUUUAAUCCUUUUAUUAGAUGAGAGGAACCACCAGAAAUGAUCAGGGGCUGUGGUCUGGAAGGUGGGUCGGGGCCCAGUAUGUUGCUUAUUGGGGAAGAUUCCGUGUAAGGGUUUUGCUGGGCCUCCCUGCUGGAGACCCACGGAAGUGGGAGCACCUGGGCUAAACCCCUGUUCACUGCCCUGCUUCCACCCUGACCCCUUUCUCUUACCUUGGUUUCUUUUAUUGCAGGGAGGACACCUAAUGAGACCUUAAAUCCUGGCACUGGUGUCAUGGAGUCAGUCACCUUUGAGGAUGUGGCGGUGGGGCUCCUCCGGGAGUGGGCAUUACUGGACGGUGCGCGGACGAACCUGUGCCGAUACGUGAUACUGGACAAGUGCAGGACUCUGGCCCCCAAGGACUGGGACUCUCGACUCAAAUCCCAAGCGUCUCCUCCUGUGCAGGAUAUUUUGGAGGGAAAUUCAUCCCCGGGUUUGCACAUGGGGCCGGGGCCAGACCUGAGGAUGCACAUCAGGCCCACAAUUGGAGACAGAGAGACACCUUUGAUUCCAGAGGACCGGCUAUCUCUCUGGCUGUCACCUUGGUCUUCUGGAUACGUAGGGCGGAAGGCGGCCGCGCAGAUUCAGAGGGUGGCUGUGCCGGUGCCUGCACUGAGUCUCCCUGAGCUGAGGAUGGCUGGGGAUUCUGCUCUGCUUGCCCAGGACCCCGCCUGGCUCCGGAAGGAGAACACAGAGGGGGAGUCUGUGGCUCCUGGGAUGCUGCUCAGCUGUCCGCAGGAACCAGUCACCUUCGAGGAUGUGGCUGUGUUGUUCACUCCGGAAGAAUGGAUGUUUCUAGACUCUGCCCAGAGAAGCCUGUACAGAGACGUGAUGCUGGAGAACUAUAGGAACCUGGCCUCUGUGGGAGAUCAGCUCGGCAAAUUCAGUUCGUUUUCCCAUUUGGAGCAAGGAGAAGAGUGGUGGCCGACGGAGAGAAGAGUCUUCCCGGGAAGCUGCCCAGAACCUUCGCUUCCACCCCAAGGUUCAAUUCCUAACCAAGAUAUUUUUGCAGAGAUUUCCGUUGGCAUGGAAAGGGGGCGGCCUCAGACGGGAGAAAACCUCUACGAGCCUAGUGAACUCGGAAAACCCUCGCCCGGCGUCCGACCGCUUUUUCAGUACCAGAGCAUUCGUGCUGGAGGCGACCCCUGCGAAUGCCCAGAGAGCGGAAGAUCCUUCUUCCAGCCCGCUCGGCUCCUCGCGCCUGAGAAGAUCCGCCGUGGGGACAGAACCUUCGCGUGUCGCCAGUGUGAGAAGUCCUUCAGAUACAGCUCCGACCUGAUCAGACACGAGAAGACCCACACCGCAGAGAAGUGCUUUGAGUGUCAGGAGUGUCGGCAGACCUUCAAGUACUCCUCGAAUCUGCGGCGUCACCUGAGGACUCACACCGGAGAGAAGCCCUUCGAAUGUGCCCAGUGUGGGAAAACCUUCACCAGGAACUUCAACCUGAUUUUGCACCAGAGAAACCACACGGGCGAGAAGCCCUACGCAUGUAAGGACUGUGGGAAAGCCUUCAACCAGCCGUCCUCCCUGCGGAGCCACGUGAGGACUCACACUGGCGAGAAGCCCUUCGGGUGCAGUCAGUGUGGGAAAGCCUUCAGGGAGCACUCGUCGCUGAAGACGCACCUGCGAACGCACACCCGGGAGAAGCCGUACGAAUGCAGCCAGUGCGGGAAGCCCUUCCGGACGAGCACGCACCUGAACGUGCACAAGAGGAUACACACCGGGGAGAAGCUGUACGAGUGCGCUACGUGCGGCCAGGUGCUGAGUCGCCUCUCGACCCUCAAGAGUCACAUGCGAACCCACACCGGAGAGAAGCCCUACGCGUGCCAGGAGUGCGGGCGCGCCUUCAGCGAACCUUCGUCCCUCCGGAAGCACGCGAGGACCCACACGGGCAAGAAGCCCUACGCGUGUCAGGAGUGCGGGCGCGCCUUUGGUCAGUCUUCACACCUUAUCGUGCACGUGAGGACCCACACCGCAGGGAGGCCCUACGCGUGCAGUCAGUGUGAGAAGGCCUUCAGGCACAGCUCUUCGCUCGCCGUGCAUAAAAGGGUUCAUGCCGGGAGAGAAAGCACUAAGAGCGGUGGCCUGCCUCUAUCAGUGUCCCAGCCGUAUGUCGGGCCCCUUGCUGAUUAAUGUUCGACUUUUAUUUUUUUAAUUUAAUUUUUUAAUUAUCUGAGAGAGAGAGAGAGAGAAUGCAUGUGCAUGGGGGAGGAGCAGAGAGAGAGAAUCUUUUUUUUUUUUUUUGGUAUUUAUUUAUUUUUGAGGGAGAGAGAGACAGAGUGUAAGUGGAGGAGGGGCAGAGAGAGACACACACACACAAUCCAAAGCAGGCUCCGGGCUCCGAGCUGUGAGCACAGAGCCCGACGCGGGGCUCGAACCCACGAGACGUGAGAUCACCACCUGAGCCGAAAUCGGUCGCUUAACCGACUGAGCCACCCGGGCACUCUGGGAGAGAGAGAAUCUCACGCGGGUGUGGAGCCCGAUGCGGGACACGAUCCCACAACCCCGGGAUCAUGACCUGAGCCGUAAACCAAGAGUCGGACGCUCAACCGACUGAGCCACCCAGGCGCCCUCCAAGUUUUCUAAAAGUAUAAACGUUCCAGGCUGUCAUCCUCUCUCGUGGCACUCGUUUGGCCACAUUCCAUGUUUUGAUGUGUAAUAUUUUCAUCUUGGUUGAAAUCUAAGUAUUGUCUUAGUUUCUGUUACCACUUAUUCUUUGGCCCGUGAGUGAUCUGUAAUUAGAUUUUAAAACCAUGGGAUGUGGAUAUAUUUUUCUAGAGGUAUAAUUACUCCUAGCGAAAUGCAUAAACCUUAAGUGUAUAGCUGGAGGAGUCUGACAGGUUCGUACGUAUGUUCAUGUCACCAACCCGCCAUUCAAGGUAUACAACAUUUCUGUCAUUCCGGAAAGUUCCUGCAUGUGUAUGGGUGUUUUUUUGUUUUUUUUUUUUUUUUUUUUUAGUUGCCUUUUUGUUGUUGGUUUUUAAUUUAAUUACAUUGUGAGCAGAAAAUGUGGUCUUUAUGUUAUUGAAUAUUGGGUAUCUGUUUUGUUUAUAACGUGGCAUAUCCUGCUAGUUGCCUAUCAAAAUUGCCCCUUGUUCCUUAAAAAACAACUUAGGUUUCUCUUGUUCAGGUUGGUACGAUGCGCUCUUGAAAAACCCCGUACCUCCCAGCCUCCUCCUUGCAGCUAGGGGACGCCACGGCCCUCCCCCCAGUCCCGGCCAUUCUAAGUAUGAGAAGUCAUUGGGUGUGAUUCCGGGGAAGGAUGUUGCAAAGGAACAUUUAGCCAGAUCCCUCCACUUCUUGGCCUUUGUACAAACAGACAUGAUGCCCAGUGCUCGAGAAGCCAUCCCACGGCCAUGAGGGUAAAGGCUGCAGCUGAAGAGAGUAUAGCCAGACCUCACGACCAUCCCGGCUCCCCAGCUGGUAUCUUUGUGUGGCUGCCCCGGACUGUUUGUUUCUGGAUAUCUUGCUACGUGGAAAAGGUGCACUUCUUACUGGCACAGGACAUUGCUGUUUUGGGGAGGGGGCCGGGGAGGGGAGGGAUGGGUUUAUUACGGCCAAAUGCUGUAUCCAGCUGGUGCACUUAGUGUGUGGUCAGUUGUCAUAAAUGCUUCCUGUGUCGUUGAAGCCAAUGUAUUGUAUUCUGCAUAUAGAAUACAAUCCGCUAGAUCAUAUUAUUUGUGUUUCAAAAUCUUCUCCACAUUUAUAGGUAUUGGUCUCUAUCUUCGUCUGUUCGGGCCGCAUAACAAAAAUACCAUAGACUGGAUGGCUUAUAAACAGCAGAACUUUCUUCUCAGAGUUCUGGAGGCUGGAGUCUGAGAUCGGGAUGCUGGCAGAUUUGAUGUCUGGUGAGGCCUGCUUCGUGGUUCGUAGAUGGCUGUCUUCUUGCCUGUGUCCUCACAUGGCAGAAAGAGAGCAAGGGAGCUCGUGGGGGUGUCUCUUAUAAAGGCACCAGUCCCAUUCCUGAGGGCUGCGCCCUUUUGAUCUCAUCACCUCCCUCCUUAUACCAUCACAGGGUGGGAAUCAGGCUUCAGAAUGUGAAUGGAGGGUGGGGCACAGACAUGAAUUAUUCAGUCUGUGUCCGUAUCCAUAUCCGUAUCCAUAUCUGGGCACAGACAUGAAUUAUUCAGUCUGUAUCCGUAUCCGUAUCCAUAUCCGGGCACAGACAUGAAUUAUUCAGUCUGUAUCCGUAUCCGUAUCUGUCUUUGAUCUGUUUACCAGAAGAGCUAUGUUAAACUCUCCCACCAUGGUUGCUGAAUAAAUCUUGUAUUGCUGUCAGUUUUGAAAUUUAUAUAUUUUGAAGCAGUCAAAUUAAACGAGAAGGUUUUUAUAUUUUA